CACGGCGCCCUUCAGAUCGACACUCCUGUCUGCGAACUCAAGGAGACCCUCACCGGGAAGUAUGGCGAAGACUCCAAACUCAUCUACGAUUUGGCCGAUCAGGGCGGCGAACAGUUGGCCCUUCGGUACGACCUGACGGUUCCGUUCGCCCGAUAUUUGGCUCAAAACAAGAUCACGACAAUGAAGAGGUACCAGAUCUCGAAGGUGUACCGCCGCGACAACCCGUCCAUAACCAAAGGCCGCUUCAGAGAGUUUUAUCAAUGCGACUUCGACAUCGCCGGUGCAUUCGAUCCAAUGAUUCCGGACGUCGAGUGUCUGAGAAUUGUGUACGAAAUCCUUAAGAGUCUACAAAUCAACUCAUUUGUGAUUAAGGUCAAUCACAGGGAGAUAUUGGACGGUAUGUUUGAGUUAUGCGGAGUUCCCGCAGAAAAAUUUAAGACUAUUUGCUCGGCGAUCGACAAACUCGACAAAAUGUCUUGGGAUGAAGUGAAGGCCGAAAUGAUAGGAGAGAAGGGUUUGGACGAAUCGGUUGCCGAUAAAAUUGGCGAAUUUGUUCAGUUAAACGGUUCGACAGAACUCGUGGACAGAAUGUUAGCCGAAGAGUUGGGCACUAAUGCGAAGGCCAAGAGUGGAUUGGAAGCGAUUAAACUACUGUUGAAAUACUGCGAUAUUUUUAAGUUGACUGAUAAUAUUCGGUUUGAUUUGAGUCUCGCCAGAGGUCUGGACUAUUAUACGGGUGUCAUCUAUGAGACAGUGUUAACCCUGGAGGAGGUCGAGUGCGGGAGUAUAGCGGCCGGCGGGCGAUACGACGGUCUGGUGGGUGUGUUGGCCGAUACGCCCCGAUGGCAGGUGCCCUGUGUUGGCGUCAGUAUUGGUAUCGAACGUAUAUUAGCUAUAAUGGAGAAGCAAUGGGAGGACAAGAACUACUACCCGACCCAAGUGUUGAUCGCGUCGAUCGGUAAGGGUAUGACCGAAGAGCGCAUGAAAAUGAUCAUUGAGUUAUGGGAGGCCGACAUACGGGCCGAACACUCGUUCAAAAACAACGCCAAACUCUUGACUCAAUUCCAAUACUGCGAACAGAAAGGCAUACCAUUUGUGAUUAUCAUCGGUGAGGAUGAGGUCAACAAAGGGAUCGUUAAGUUGCGAAAUAUCUCAACCAGAGAAGAGAGUGUUAUACAACGCGAGAAUCUGGUCAACGAUUUAAAGAAAUUAUUUUUGGAAUCCACUCAAUGAUAACUAUGCGGUCUUUUAUUAUAACUUUUGUCUCAUCCGUCGAACACUAUUAUACAUCACAUUUACAUCUAUUGAUUUACUUUUACAUCUAAUGGUUUACUUUUUUACUAAAUUAUUGUCAC